AUGGCUAAUAUACAAGGCCGCCUUCCACCAUGGGGCGAGCGAGAGCUGUCCGAUGCUCAGAGAAAGCAAGCCAAGGCGGCCCUAUCCCGAUGUCUGGGCUCCGACCACAUCAGUACCAGACAGGGGCCACGCAACACGCGGAUACCCUACUUAGACGUUUCGACGACAAUAAGAUUAGCCAAUGAAGCAUUUCGAUACGAUGGAUGGUCGUCUAACAUUAUCAGCAUUACGCAAGACUUCAUACAGGAAGAGCGAGGCAUAUGGUCAUGUUGCUAUACUGCUUUGGUCCGCAUCACCCUCCCCAACGGCUGCUACCACGAGGGAAUUGGGGUUGGUAACGCAGAGAAUACACGUCUUCAAGCAGACGCAAUUGAGAAGGCCAAGAAGUCUGCUGUGAGUGACGCAAUGAAGCGCGCGCUCCGGUGCUUUGGUGAAGGACUGGGGAAUAAUAUCACUUCUGACUCUGCAACUUCAAGGGGCAGUGUUCUUUCAAUCUAUGAGGAUGAAUUUGAUGUUAAAGAGAACCCAGACCGGGUCAUAACAGCCUCAAAAGACGUGGUAGCUGCAGCCUCUACUGCUACCUCUAAUGCUGCACCUUUGAAUAACUCGAAGCGUCUGCACACGACAGUCUCACCUGUUACCAGUGGACAAUUCAACUUAACAGGCACAGGCCCCACUGCCUUGGCAGCUCUACAACUCUCUGUGGCGGACACUCCUUCCAAUGCUAAUGAGAUUGAUACCAUUGGUAAUCUGCCAGCACAACCUUGCAAUACAAAGCCAGAAAUCAAUAUCAACGGAGCAAAUAAGGCUCCUCCACCCACCAAAAUACUGGUCGAGAAACCUUCUUUGUUUCAGAUUGCUGCAACCAAAAGACCAACUGAGCAAUUCCCCGGUCAAAGUGAUCGAAAAACGCUUCACGCGGCAGCACCUGACAGCAACCAGGAAAAGACUUUACCAUCAGAGCCAUCGCUAAAGCAAUCUCAUCCCAUGUUCAGCAAGGCGCGUCAGUCUAUAUUUAGCAAAUAG